CGGAAACAGUGACGAUUAUCGAUGGGCUCAACUAUAAAACAGGAGGUCCCAGAAGGCUUGGCCGAUAAUCUCUCGAAACUUUACCCCACAAUCGACUCCAGAUGCCAGCUAGCACCUCUGUCAAAUUGAACACCGGCGCUGAGAUGCCCACGGUUGGCCUUGGUGCGUCUCACUGACCAUCAUCCGAAGCGGCGCUCAGCUGAUUGAGAUGUAUUUUCAACCCACUUAUUCUAGGAACGUGGAAGAGCCAACCUGGACAGGUCGAGCACGCCGUUGAGUUCGCCCUCCGGAAUGGAUACAAAUCCAUCGACACUGCUGCGGCCUACAAGAACGAGACUGAGGUCGGCAAGGGCAUCGCCGCGUCGGGUGUCCCGCGCAGCUCGUUCUUCCUGACGACCAAGUUGGACAACCCUGACCAGGCGGAAGCACCGGAAGCUCUCGAGUCCUCGCUCAAGAAUCUUGGGACGGACUACCUUGAUCUCUGGCUGAUGCACUGGCCGGCUCCCAUGACAAAGGGCACCCCUGCUUUGGCUGACAAGAGCAAGGACUGGCUCGAUGCAUGGAAGUCCAUGGAGAAAUUGUACAAGGCGCACCCCGACAAGCUCAAGGCGAUCGGCGUCUCCAACUUUUCCGUCAAGUUCAUGGAGCGUCUGCUCGAGGUUGCGGAGGUCAUUCCUGCCGUGAACCAGAUUGAGCUGCACCCGUCGUGCCCUCAACAAGACAUUGUCGACUUCUGCCUCUCCAAAGGCAUCGCAGUGACAGCCUACUCUCCCCUUGGCUCCGACAACUCUCCUCUUCUCACGAACGAGGUGGUCAACAAACUUGCGGAGAAGCACAGUGUUACUUCCGCCAACAUUCUCGUAUCCCUCCAGGCCAACAGGCCAGGGGUCACCGUCCUCCCCAAGUCUGUCUCCAACGAGCGUAUUCUCGCGAACAAGACAAUCGUUGAUCUGACCGCGGAAGAGGUCGCUGAACUGCAGGCCAUUGACAAGACUGCUCACUUCCGUGCUUGCCACCCAGACUGGACUGGCUGGGGAAGCCUGGGUUUCCCUGACUGCGAGUAGUAGAGUAUCGUAUAAAUUAUACAUACACUAAUCUACUGUACCUUGUGAAAUAGAGGCAAAAAUGUUGUAGACCCUCUCCGA